AUGCAUUCAAGUUCUCCUCGAGGAACAAGUAAAAUUUUAGACAACUCGGACAUCGGAGAUGAAAGAAUAUUUAGCAUUAGAACUGAAAACCACAAACAAUCUCUAAUUAAAAAGAAAUACCAAUUUACUGUUUAAUAAAUAGAUAACGAUGAAUAAAUUGAAGACAUCAAUUUACUUUUUGAUGAUCGACAAUUAAAAAUAAUAAAUGAUUUAGCUUUUGCAUAGAUUGCAAAGAUUAAGGAAAAAGCAAAGAGAUCUUCAAUAUCUAGGAAAAUGAGUGUUAUGAUUCAAAAAAAGGAGCAGGAAGAAAAAUAGCCAAGUUGUUCUUAUAUUAAAGUAUUUACUUAAGAGGAUAGAAUAAGAAUAGUUUGGGAUCUAUUCACAAUGUUGGUGAUCUUUUUAGCCAUCUUGAUAUUGCCAGUUGAUAUUUCUUUUAAUAUUUAAUCAACUUUCUUAGAUGAUUUUAAUCUUUUUAGUUUGGCAGUAUUCACUCUCGAUAUAUUUAUUAAUUUCAAUACAGCCUUUUAGCAUAAAGGUUAGUACGUUUAUGAUCGUUCAUUGAUUAUUUAAAACUAUUUAAAAUGGUGGUUUUGGAUAGAUGUAGUCUCUACAUUUCCAUUCGAUUUAAUUGUCGAAGCAGCUACAUCAAGUGUUGAGCAGGUAGAUGAAGAUGAGUUAACUUAAGAAUAAAGUUAAGCUCAAAAGGAUUCAUUCGUAUAAACAAUGAAAUUACUUAGAAUUUUAAAAUUUUUUCGAUUAAUCAAAAUUAUAAGACUUCUACGUGUGUUAAAACUUAAGUAGCUCUUUAAUAAAAUAGAGGAUUAUAUAGACAUUAGUGGAUCUGUUGUAACCAUUUACUAAUUGCUUAAAUUAACAUUUAUAAUGCUUUUCGUAGCACAUUGGCUGGCCUGCAUUUGGCAUUUCAUAGCUGAAUAAGAAAAUAGUUCAAAUGGGUAUAGCUGGUUAUAUAUGCUACAAUAUCUUGCUGACAAUCAAUGGUACAUAAAAUACGUGGCAUCAGUUUAUUGGGCUACUGCUACAAUGACUACUGUUGGAUAUGGUGAUAUUGUCCCAGUCACUUCAGUUGAGAAAUUGUUUGGUAUCAUAGUCAUGUUGUUGGCUUGUUGUGUUUUUGCUUACAUAAUGAAUAGUAUAGGAGGCAUCUUUGUUAAGUUAGACACUAAUGAAAAAACCAUAAGGUUAAGACUUGGACAAGCAAAUUAAUUCUUGAAAUCUAAUGAGAUACCAAAAGAUUUGUAAGCAAGAGUAAGAAAAUAUUUAGAAUAUAAAUAUGAAACCGAAUCAUCUUAGGUGAAUGAGAAAGAUGCUUUAUCAGUUCUCUCAUCUACUUUAAAAGACGAAGUCUUAUAGAAUGUGAAUUCUUCUCUUAUUAAAUAAUCUGCCUUGUUUAAUUCUGGUAAAUUUGAGAAGGAAAUAUUAUCUUAAUUGCCAUAUCUUUUGGAAGAGCAAAUUUAUGGACCUGAAGAAUGUAUAUUUUUGGAAGGAAUUGAUCCAAUAGAAAAGGAAAAUGGUAACAAUAUCUAAGAUAGAAAUUUGUAUUUUCUAAAUUAAGGCUAAGUGCUAAUUUGUAUUUAGAAGACAAUCACUUGUUUAAAAAUAAUUGAAGGUGGGGCUACCUUUGGUGAAUUAGCAUUCUUUACUGAUAAACCAAGGAGUGCUUCUGCAUACACAUUGAAUUUUGUUUAUGUUUAGAUUCUUAACAAAAAAAAGUUCUUUGAAAAAUUGAAACUCAAUAGCAAUUAAAACCAGAUUUAUUUAAUGAAUAAACACAUAGUUGAAAUUAAUAAUGACUAUACUCCUUUAGGAUAAUGCUGUUUUGCUUGUCAAAGUGCUUCUCAUUUCGCAUACGAAUGCCCAAAACUUCAUUAUGCCAUAAAUCAGGAGAGACGUCUAGAAAUAAUUAAAGAGGAAUAAAACAAUCAAGCAUAACAUUUAAAACUAUUUAAUAAAUAAUUUAUUAGAUAGAAUAAAAGAAUUAAAUACAACUCGAGAGCUAAUUCUCAAUUAACUAAUAUUGUAGCUGAUGAAAUCAAAUUCGUAUAUAAUCAUAUCCGCGAAAGCGAAGAUGAAUUCUAAACCUAAUUGAAUCAAUCAAAUUGUGACGAGGAAGAAGAUGAAAAUCCUUUUAAAAUUAGUGCAAAAGGAUAGCUCCCUUAUUUUUCAGAAGAAAACAAUAUCGAUAGAAUGUGCAAUUUUCCAUUAUUCUUCCCUAAUUAUAACUAUGAUAAAAUUAUCUCAUCAUAUAACUAAUUCACUAAGGAGAAAGUUAGUUAGAAGAUUUCUGGGAAUAAACCAUAAACAAUUAAGAAAAAUAGAAGUCACAGAGUCAGUCGGUCUCAUUCUGCAGAAAGAGCUGAAUAUUUUUAAAAAUUGGAAGAAAAGUGCUUUGCAGAAUAAUGA